AAUCGUAUUUGUGGGUAUCCAAAAGAGGCGUUAGGAUUAUCUCCAAGUUGGGUGUUUUCUCAUCUUGAUGGCCAAGAACAACAAAUCCAAUUUCCUCUAGAUAGAAUAUAUUUUUUUUUCUCUUUUUUAUUUUUCUCGGUCAUGUGUGAUUUGGUCGCGCGUACGGGUCGACUCCAGCAGCGUUACGAGCAUGGCUCUCGUCUCGUAGCCGGGUGUAUUCCGUUUAGGUACAUAAACUCUGAGGAAGAUGGUAAUUCUGAAUCUGGGAAAGUGAUUCAAGUGUUGAUGAUCAGCUCAUCUAGUGGGCCGGGGCUUUUGUUUCCCAAGGGAGGAUGGGAGAAUGAUGAAACGGUCAGGGAGGCUGCAGUGAGGGAAGCAGUGGAAGAAGCAGGAGUUCGUGGGACUUUAAUGGAUUUUUUGGGAGAUUAUGAGUUUAAGAGCAAAACACACCAAGAUGAGUUUAGUCCAGAAGGCUUAUGUAAAGCAGCAAUGUACGCGUUGCAUGUGAAGGAAGAGCUAGAGAUGUGGCCGGAACAAAAGACGAGAACACGGACUUGGCUGACAAUUGAAGAAGCGGUAGAGAGUUGCAGGCACGCAUGGAUGAAGGACGCCUUGGUGGAUGGUUUCUGUAAAUGGCAUAAGGAGAAGAUGGAAAAAGGAGAGAUCAUAGAUGAAGAUUUGAAGUAAGUGUGCAUAAAUUCUGAGAUGUUGGUUUUUCAUUCCUUUUCGAUUUUGUUUUUACCUUUUUAAAGUCAUCUGCUCCGGAGAAUCUGUGACUGCGAAACAUAAGAGUUUCAAAGUUUCUUAAGUUCAAUUAUUUCCCUGUUUCUCACAGCUGUCUUCAUCAUUUUGCAAUAAUUUUGAGAAAAGAAAAUGACAGCUCUUGACAA